CUCACACAAUAAACAACAGCUGGAAAAGAGCUAAAGAUGGCCGCCGCGACCAUGGCGGGGCUCGACGCCCACAGGAUGGAGGAAAAGAAGUUCGAAUACUUCUCCUCCAUCAACUCCAUGGCGAGGAAGAUAAUGCAGGAGAGGAAGCACAUUGAGGCCAAGCACGGCCCGUCCUGGGAGAAGAUGACGCCGCAGGAGCAGGACAGCGCCAUUGACAGCGGGAUGAUGGAUCCCCACAUCCGAGCCCGAUACGCCAUGCACAGAGUCGACCGCGAAGACGUGGUCUGCUACCCGAAACUGCUCAUUCAAACGGGCCAGAAGAUAGUUCAUUUCGGCGAAGAGGAUAUUACCUGGCAAGAUGAGCAUUCUGCCCCUUUCUCGUGGGAGACGAAGAGCCAGUUGGACUUCAGCUUGACGUUGAGCCCUGCCGACCAAGGGCUCUCCGCCUCGCAGGCCGACUCAAAGGCUGCAAAGGUUCCUCAUUCCAGCCAGCUUGGCAAGAGCACGCCAGGAGCCAAGGUUACCGUCAGUGAGGUACGGAGGCCGGAGGAAGAGUCAUCUUUCUGGAAGAUCAGCGCAGAGAGGUCCAGGCUGGAGGGAGAGCAAGCCGACUUCCAGUCCCUCACCCCCAGCCAGAUCAAAUCCCUCGAGAAAGGAGAGAAACCCCUCCCCUCCUACCUCCGACAGGAGUCCACUGUCACCACCAAGGAGCAUGAGGCAGUAGAUCCUCACCCUCCAGCUUCCACCAGGUCCACCAAGCAGCGAGCGCCCAAACCUCCUGCCCCCAACCCCCCCAUCGCUAUCCCUAUCCCUAGCCCUGUCGCUGUAAGCGCAACACCUGCGUCCAUCUCCAUCUCGCCAAACCCACCAUCGCCUGUCAGCGUGUCGUCGUCGGUGGCAGGAUGGGAGCGCUCUCAGAGCACCCUGCCGUCGGCCGGUAGCACCGUGGAUGAAGUGUUCUCCUCCGGCAUGAUGUCCAAGCCCUCCCACCACUCCGCCAGGGGGGAGAAAGAGAGGGAGGACGACGGUUCAUCCGCCAGCCCCACCUUUGCCCAGUUCAACACGAACAACAACCUCCUGAAGACUGGAUUCGACUUCUUAGACAACUGGUAAAGCACAGCCGAGACCAGUCACCGCUAUGAAUGAAUCAUCAUCCUCACCAUCACUCUAAAGAAGGACCACACUGCCAUGACCACAGACAUCCACGUCUAGAAUGAACAACACGCCCACCUUUUAGAAUGACCACGUUAUAUAUUGUUGUAAUUAUCUUCAGUGGCUUGGUAAGACAUUAUCUCACUGCCUGUGUGUGCUGGUGUUCCCUUCCCCCCUCUUAAUCAGGUUUUCCAUUUGUUGCCCAAUGAGUGCAGAGUGAGCCGGGGUUGUGCUCCCCCUGACCUGCAUUCACACUGCGAUCAGCUCAGUGAAAAGAUGACGGCAUCAAAAUGUGAUUUUUAGAAUAUACAUGCUUUUACCCCGGAAGGCUGUUAAAUAAAAGUACGAAUAAAUAAAUUGGAGGGAUGAUGUAGUAUGAAAAACCCAAUGUUUUUCUUUUACCGACACCAAUCAUACAUUUUCUCAGAUGACAUUAGCCAAAGAUAUCACUGAAUUUCCUUGUAACUCUGGUAACCGGUCGAUCGUGUCUCCAGUGAGUGCACGGUAGCGGUGGGACCAGGCCGCCCUGCACAUGUAACUUUUAGACACUAUCCUAGCAAGCAAGGACAUUUUUAUUUUGGGUCAAAUUUCCAUUUGCAAAAAACUAGAACAACUUAUUCGUCUUUUCUGUUUGUCCUUUUUUGUUACAAAGAUUUUGCUCUCUAAUGUGCUUUUAUUUAUACGUACCUCUAUAUUCCUAUACACCUAAAAGAGUUUUACAGUCUCGGACCACAUGGUGCAAUUACUACAGACGAUGUUCCUACUGGUUAUGGAGUUCUUGGAAUAUCAUGGAAUUUUAAAGGAUUGUUCCUGGUGGGGAAUAUUGUGGGAUUUUGCCGUUGGCAGAAAUGUAUUUCCCAACAUUCACACGUCACACACGUCAUUGAGGAAGAUGGUGGUUUAAAUGAAGUGGAAACCAAAAAUAAGAACGGCCAUGGAAGUGCUCGAAUGUCAUUGUCAUUGAAUGUGGAAGCUGUUACGGAUGCCCUGUGUGGAUUUAGUGACGCCACAACGCUCCUCCCACCAAGUCACCCCUCCCAGCCGCCACCGUGAACAUCAAACUAGUGCAGAGCAAAGCUAGUGUGCAUUUAUAGUGAAGAAAGAUGCAGCCGACCGUCGUGUUUUAGAUAAAUAGGCCGGGCAUGUCGUGAUUUGUACCACUUGUGUCCGGUUUACAUGAUUAGAGUACUAUUUUACUGAAUUUUAUAUUUAUCGGCUGAUUGUAUCUGAUGCUAUACUUGUAUAUUGCACUCGUGCAUU